AGGCUCUCUCCCCGGGGCCCACAGUGGUAAGCGACGAAAAAUAAAAGCUCUCUCUCCCUACCUCACGCACACACACACACACACACACGCGUACGUUCGUAUAUACUAUUUAGUAUUACUGUAUUACGCGCGCGCGCUCUCUAACAUACACAUACACACACACACACAUACAUUCACAUACGACGUUCAUACCCGACCAAAACGGACCAACUCGUACCGAAGUCCGUGAUCGUUUCAUAUUUCGACGACUAGGCCACACACUAUUGCUGUCUACUACAGCUCUAUUAGAAAUUAAUAUCCCUGCAGUAUUUCACCGUCGAACAUGGGUAACGAAAACUCGCUGCCGAUGGAGCUGUGCUCAAACUUCGAUGCCGAUGAGAUCAGACGUUUGGGCAAACGGUUUCGCAAACUCGAUCUGGACAACUCCGGUGCUUUGAGUCUAGACGAGUUCCUAUCACUACCCGAGCUUCAACAAAACCCGCUUGUUCAAAGAGUUAUAGACAUAUUCGACGAAGAUGGCAAUGGUGAAGUGGACUUCAAAGAGUUUAUUCAAGGAGUGUCUCAAUUCAGUGUUAAGGGAGACAAAGAAUCAAAGUUGCGGUUUGCGUUUCGAAUCUAUGAUAUGGAUAACGAUGGCUACAUAUCAAAUGGUGAAUUAUUUCAAGUUUUGAAAAUGAUGGUAGGAAAUAAUUUAAAAGAUACUCAGCUUCAGCAAAUUGUUGACAAAACUAUAUUGUUCGCGGAUAAAGAUGAAGAUGGCAAGAUUAAUUUUGAAGAGUUUUGCUCUGUCGUUGGCAAUACAGAUAUACACAAAAAGAUGGUUGUUGAUGUUUAAAUUUUGGCACUGAACAAUGAAAGAAAACCUUAAGAAUUAAAGUUUUUCAAUAUUUAUUUUUUUUUUUUUGUUAUGUUGAUCUUUGUACUAUAUUUAUUACUAUUAUUUUAUUUAUA